AUGUCGGACCGGCGACCCAAGAGACGCUGCGUGGCCGCAAAGGCACAGUUGGUACCGUCGGCCAUCCACUACGUUGGCUAUGUGGAAGAUAACGAAACCCCGGAAAUGAUCAUGAAGAAGUUUGAGGAGCUGGAACGGAUCCAAAAAGCCGCGGAAGCGAGGCGCCAACAGCAACAGCAACUACAGCAGCAGCAAGGCCCGAAUGGCAACCCCCAGCAGGCGGAAGGCGGACCUGGGCCUUCCCUUCCCGGCCCGCGCCCCCAGUAUGAUGCAACUGCCGUCGCCGCCCCGGGUUCUGAAACCAACCCCGCGGCUCCCCCAACGAGCAGCGGCCCGGAGAGCCAUUCCCCAUCUCCACAAAACCCCUCCAAUCCAGAGCCGCACCUGCCGCCUGACCAAUUACCCACCGCAGCGACCGCCGGUGCUAAUCCAGACGCGGACGAUCAGAUGCUUCUGGAUGACGAGGCGCUUCUGGAAGUAUUCAAACAGACUUCCAUUCUUAAUGUACGAGCCUCAGCGCUGUACGGCAGCGAUGCGAUGCUCGGGUUCGACGGUGGCGGCGGCGCUGUCGGCGCCGAUGGCAUCGCGUACGGAAUGGAAGAUAUGUUAUUUGCGGGCGGCGAUUUCGGUGCUACGCCCAGCGACAUGGAGGAGGAUGAGCUACAAUUGAUGAAGGGCUUCUGGAGUGAUGAGGACUUUGAGCUGGGGGGUGGAGGCAGCGGCCGCAGCCGUGACAGCGGCGGCGGCGCGCGGCGGCGGCGUACGGGGUCCAGCAGUGGCCGCACAGCCGGCGGACACCGCGGUCUGGACGGCGAGGGGCCUCCUCCGGGGUCCGCACGAGAAGGCCGUCAGUCGUCACGCACGGGAGGUCCCCCCGCCCAGUCCCGUCAAGCCGCAAUGAACCACCAGGUGGUGAUGCAGUACAAUCGGGACACGAACGCGCUCAUCCGACGCCGCGUCACGAGCGCCGGUGGCGGGGCCGAUGGCGGCGGUGGCGGACUGGUACAGCUGCGAGUGCCGCCGCCGCCGCUUCCGUUGUCGUGGGGUCGCACCGUGCGGCCGUACCAACCGCCGGAGCCGUACCCGCCGCCGGACGUGUCUAAAUCGUCGUCGUCGCCGCAGGAGGCUCCUGUCCAGGCCAAUGCGUCCGAAAGCGCUACUGCUGCCGUGGCAAGCACCGAUCCCGCCGCCACUGCGACAACAAGUCGCGGGUUCGAGUCCCAUAAUAUGGUGGCUUUUCCCUUCGACUCUGCGCUGGGCGGCAAGCAGUACAUUGCCAUCAUGGUCAACGCGGGCUGGCAGCCCCCGGGCGCAGCGGACGCCUUUGAGGGCGGUCGGGAGGCCGAGGUGAUGCGCGGGUUCCUCAGUCUGCCCAUCCCCCGGCUGUGUCCGCGGGGCUUCAUCUUCGUGUGGGCGCACAAGGGGCUGCUGCAGGCGGUGUGCCGGGCUCUGGCGGGCUGGGGCUAUGUGUACGUGGAGAACCUGACCUGGGUGCACCUCACACCCGCCAACGCCAUCGCCACCUCGCAACGCGGCCGACAUUUCCGCAGGAGCCACUCCACGCUGCUCAUCUUUCGACGGGAGGGCGAGGGUCGCGACAUCGAGUUGCGUCAUCAGCGGAAUCCCGAUGUGGUGUUUGAUUGCAUCCGUACAUUGCCGGAUAGAAGCGGUUGGGACAUCCCCUCGGAGGUCCUGACCACCAUCGAGACCAUGUUGCCCGGGGGGAGGGGGGCCUUCCUGGAGCUGUGGGCACCCCGGGGGCAGCGCAGACCCGGGUGGGAUCACGUCAGCGAGGUGAGGGCGGUUGGGUUUGGUGGGAUUAAAGCCGCAGGAGAGUCCUUUGAGAGCAAAAGCAACACAUGUGAGGUCAGUAAUUGCCUUUUAACAGGAAUGGAUGCAAAAUCCGUGCAGCAACACGACGAUGUUUACGCGGCUGUCUUUGCGCUAGUGGGCCAGAAGCCGAACGAGACGUAUGAAGGACUAGCUAGGGUAUUGAAAUCUAUCAAGGAUGCGGAUCCUGCUGAGCUUAAGGAACUGGAAGCCAGGAAAGCUUUGCUGGAGAUGAUGAAACCAUCAGUCGAUCCUCUUCGAGAUGAAUAUGAGAAGGCUGCUGCAGAGGAACUUGACGAAAACGGCAUCCCCGUAAUGACGCUGUCUCGUGCUAGCAGCAGUUUCAUUUUAGAUGGACCUGGCGACGUGAAGGUGGACAACUUCACGCCAGAAGGGGACGCUGUGGGGGACUUGGAUGACGGGGCUAGCGACAGCGCCGUGACGGCGACUGCUUUGGUGCCGCAGGCCACUGCUGCCGCCGACAGCGGCCCCAUGGCCGCGGCCGUCGCCCCCGUGGUGUACAUCCCCAGUGCUAUGGCAAAGGCUCGCCGGGAGUCGGGAGCGGGUACCAGACCGCCACUGGCGCCAGCGGCACCUGUUGUGACGCUUGAGGACGAGAUUCGUGCCAUGCGAGGUGCAAGUGGGCCCCAGCUGACAUCUGGAGCCGCCACUGCAGACCAGACGUGCAGCAACAACAUGCGCCCGCAGCAGCGAGUCCAGCCACAGCCGCAGCAAGUAGAAGCGGACGGGGAGGAGGGUUCUCUACUUCAUAAACAGGAGGCAGUGCCGGCGGGCGACGUGGCCGUGGCAGUAGCAGCGGCGGCGGCGGUGGUGGCCCGCCCGUUCUCGGUCCGGGCGGAUACCCGGCACGAGGAUGCCCUCUGGGCGGCACUCCAGGGAGUGGACGGCCGGGCGCUGCUUGAGGACCUGGGGCUAGCAGCUGACUGGCUUCUUGUGCGGAAAACUGAUAUUAGUCCUUCGUAUUUGGGUCGUUCAUUAAACCGGUCCUCCCCCUUGCCCAGUCUCGCACAAGAUCAGAACCACGAUCAGGACCAGGACGGGGGCCAAGCCGAAGACCUGGCCAACGGAGGAGGGUCCCGAGAACUCGGCGUUUCGGACGUGGAAGGCUCGUCCCAAGUGCCUCGCGACGGUGGAGGAGCAGUGGUCCCCACGGCCAACGGACAUCGCUACUGUCUUGUCGAGGGGGAGGGAUUGGGGAUGCUGGCGAAUGGCCAUUCGGGCGAAGGGGCUGGCGGCGGCCGUAGCGGCCCCGCCGCCGCCGCAGGCGCCACCGCCACGGCGACCAACGGAGCUUCCGACAAUGGCUCCCCUUUGUCUGGUGAUGUUGGUCGUGAGACUAACACUGCCGGCGAGGCUGUGCCGCAGUCAGCUGCUGUGCCGCCUCCGUCCGUGGGGGGCCCGACGUUUGAGGAUGUGGAGGCCUUCAGCCUGGAUCCGGAUUUUGACUACGACAACGUGCAGUUGACUGUGAGGGAGUUUCCGUACUCGGCACUGAAUUUUCGUGUAAGGCGGUGA